AUGGGAACAGAAAGAAGAAUGAAGCUGCAGCUGCUCUCCUCACUGGCCUUUAUGUCCUUGAUGUCUCUGGUUAAUGGGUCUUCAGUGAUGGUUAUGUCUGCUCCCAACCUGCUGCGGGUGGGAAAUGCAGAAAACAUUUUUGUGGAAUGUCAGUACUGCCCUGAUGACACCAAACUCAGGGUUGAAAUCAUCGUAAUGAGCUAUCCGACAAAAUCCAAAAAGCUUUCAUCCACAUCUUUGGAUCUGACGAGUGAAAACAGUUUUCAAGCAUUUGGGCAAAUUAAGAUCCCGGGGGAAGACUUUAGUCAACAUUCCAAUACGAAAGAGUAUGUUUACCUGCAAGCUCACUUCCCCGAUGUAAUACUAGAAAAAACUGUCUUGGUGUCAUUUCACACUGGAUAUUUCUUCAUCCAGACAGACAAGACCCUCUACACACCCAAUAGCAAGGUCUAUUACAGGAUAUUUGCGCUGACACCCAGCAUGGAGCCUGUGGACAGGAACAACAGGACGGACUUGGACACUGCUAUUGCCAUUGAGUUUGUGACUCCUGAUGGCAUCAUUUUACCACUUGAACCAGUGUCUUUGAGGUCAGGGAUGUACUCUGGACACUUCCAACUUCCUGAAAUUGUUGUUUCUGGACUUUGGAAAGUGAUGGCACGGUUCCAAAGCAAACCACAAACAAGCUACUCUGCAGAGUUUGAAGUCAAAGACUAUGUACUUCCCACUUUUGAGGUUAAACUCAUGCAUCGAGGCUCUUUCUUCUUCGUGGACACUCAAGAGCUCAGCAUUGACAUCAAAGCUACAUAUCUGUUUGGAGAGCCAGUGCACGGAUCUGCCUAUGGUGUAUUUGGAGUUCAGCAUGAAAAUCAGAGGAGAAGUCUUCCUAGCUCACUUCAGAGAGUGGUGUUAAAGAAUGGAGAAGCAGUCCUAACACUGAAGAAACAACACGUCACACAGACUUUUGAAAACAUCACUGAUCUUGUGGGGAGCUCCAUAUAUGUGGUCGUCAGUGUGCUAACAGACAACGGAAGUGAGAUGGUGGAAUCAGAGUUGACAAAUAUUCAGAUAGUCACUUCACCUUACUCCAUCCACUUCACAAAAACGCCAAAAUAUUUCAAACCCGGCAUGUCUUUUGAUGUUCUGAUUGAAGUUCUUAAUCCUGACGGCACUCCGGCACAAGGUGUUGCAGUGGUGAUUGAUGUGGGUCAGGUGCAGGGUGUCACUUCAGCCAAUGGCCUUGCCAGGCUUUCUAUCAAUGCAGUGGGAAAUGAACACCCACUAACUAUCACAGCAAAGACCAAUGAUCCACAUGUCUCAUCUGAAAGGCAAGCAUCCGCCAGCAUGACAGCUCUCCCAUACACCUCCAAGAGCAACAGUUACAUCCAGAUAGGGGUGGAUGCAGCUGAAGUAAGAGUAGGUGAAAACAUGAAAGUCAACCUGUACUUCAACAGGCAAGAUAGUGCGCAACUGGAUAUCACACACCUGAUCUUGAGCAGAGGUCAGUUGGUGAAAUACGGUCAUUUUAAGACAAACGGACAAGCUUUGAUAACCCUGAUUAUCACUGUUACCAAAGAGAUGCUGCCAUCAUUCCGUAUUAUAGCCUACUAUCAUUUAAAUGAUAAUGAAGUUGUGUCAGACUCCAUUUGGGUGGACGUGAAAGACGCCUGCUUGGGCUCGCUAACGUUAGAGAAAUCAAAGCCUUUGCCAUUCUAUGAGCCAAGCAAGAUGUUCAGUCUCAAAGUCACAGGAGACCCAGAGGCCACAGUGGGACUGGUUGCAGUCGACAAAGGCGUCUUCAUCCUGAACAAAGGGCAGCGCCUCACUCAGAAAAAGGUUUGGGACACCGUAGAGAAAUAUGACACAGGGUGCACACCUGGUGGAGGGAAGGACGGUUUGGGUGUGUUCUACGAUGCCGGGCUGCUGUUUGAGUCCAACACAGCUUCUGGGACUCCAGACAGACAAGAGAUUAAAUGUCCGGCCCCCAGCAGGAGAAAGCGAACCACUGCGAUGAUGAAUUUCACGACCAGCUUGUUGAGUCGAUAUGAUACCGAGCUCCAGCGCGACUGCUGUUUGGACGGCCUGAGGGACACGCCUAUUUCGUACGCCUGUGAGCGGCGCAGCGAGUACAUAUUGGACGGUGCAGCCUGCAUUGAGGCCUUCCUGCGCUGCUGCACGGAGAUGGAGAAACAGCAGGCUGAGAAGAGGAAAGAGAGCCUCCUGCUGGGCCGCAGUGACGCAGAUGACAGCAGCUACAUGGACAGCAAUGAAAUUAUUUCCCGCACCAAGUUCCCUGAAAGUUGGUUGUGGUCAGACAUCAAGUUGCCCGCUUGCCCUGAAACCAAGAGGAGCUGUGGAACCACAUCAGUUACGAAAAAUUUUCCUUUGCAAGAUGCAAUCACGACGUGGCAGUUCAUUGGCGUUGGUCUGUCAAGGACCCAUGGCAUCUGUGUGGCCGACCCAUUAGAGAUAAUUGUCCGAAAGGAUUUCUUUGUUGAUCUAAAGCUCCCCUACUCAUCUGUCCGCGGAGAGCAGCUGGAAAUAAAAGCAGUCCUUCAUAACUAUGACGUAAAUCCCGCCACUGUUCGUGUGGAUCUAAUGGAGGCGGCAGAUGUGUGCAGCGCUGCUUCCAAGCGUGGGAAAUUCCGCCAGGAAGUCAAACUAGGACCAAAAACCACACGGUCCAUUCCCUUUGUUAUUAUCCCCAUGAAAGAAGGAGUGUUCCCUAUUGAGGUCAAAGCAUCUGUUUUGAAUGCACCAGUCAGUGACGGAGUCGUGAAGAUGCUUCGAGUGCUGCCUGAAGGCCAAUUGAUAAAGUAUCACCAGACUAUAACUUUGGACCCUGACAAAAGAGGUGUAGAUGGCAAACAAGUGGAGCACAUCAACAGCAGAAUUCCUCUAUUGAACAUCCUUCCAAACACACCAACCAGCACCCAGGUCUUAGUGACAGGGAGGCAGCCUGGAGAACCGCUGAGGAACGCUAUAGGCGGGGAAUCAAUGAGCAGGCUGAUCUACCAGCCCUCUGGCUGUGGAGAGGAAAACAUGAUCCACAUGACCCUGCCUGUCAUUGCGGUCACAUAUUUGGACAAAACGAAAGAGUGGGAAUCCGUGGGCAUCAAAAGACGCGAUGUAGCCCUGCAACACAUAAGGACUGGAUACAGGAACCAACUUGCCUACCGUAAAAAAGAUGGGUCCUAUGCCGGAUAUACUGAUCACCAAAGCAGCACCUGGCUGACCGCUUAUGUUGUCAAAGUGUUCGCCAUGGCCAAUCAUCUGGUUGCCGUGCAACGCAAGGACAUCUGCGACUCUGUCAGGUUUCUCAUCCUCAGCACCCAGCAAGCGGACGGGCAGUUUGUCGAAGUCGGAAGAGUCUCCCACCAGGAGAUGACAGGUAAUGUCUUUGGCUCGGAUUCAGAUGUCUCCAUGACGGCCUUUUGCCUCAUUGCCAUUCAGGAGUCUCGCAAGACCUGUGAAACCACCCUCAGUAGUUUAUCGGACAGCUUGGACAAAGCAGUGGCCUACCUGGAGAAGCGCCUGCCGAGUUUGGUCAAUCCCUACGCCGUGGCGAUGACAUCAUAUGCCCUGGCCAAUGAAAACAAAAUGAACCUGGAGGUCCUCCAUGAUUUCUCUUCUCCAGACUUAUCCCACUGGCCUGUCCCGAUGGGACGCACUCACACGCUGGAGGCCACAGCAUAUGCUCUCCUGGCUCUGGUCAAAAACAAGGCCUAUAAAGACGCUGCGCCCGUUGUGAGGUGGUUCAACAAACAGCAAAGAGAGAGCGGAGGCUUUGGAUCAACUCAGGCCACCAUGACAGUGUACCAGGCUGUGGCCGAAUACUGGGCCAGUGACAAAGAUUCCGACUAUAACCUUAAAGUGGACGUCAAGCUGCCCGGCAGGUUGAAGCUAGACAAGUACAACUUUAACAGAGGGAACCACCAUGCCACACGAACAUCUCGGUUCCAUCACGUAAACCAGAACGUGACUGUAACGGCAUAUGGUCCCGGAGAGGCAACCGUGACUAUGGUGUCACUGUAUUACACCUUGCCUAAAGAAAAGGACAGCGACUGUCAGAGGUUUAACUUAUCAGUGGAGCUCAUUCCAGAGAAAAUGAGUGAAGAUGAGAAGAUAUACAAGCUGAAAAUAGUUGUUUUAUAUAAGAACAGACAUCGUGAUGCAACCGUGUCAGUUUUGGAUGUUGGCUUGCUGACUGGUUUCACCGUGAACACAAAAGACCUUAACCUGCUGUCUAAAGGCCGUGCCCGUACCAUUGCCAAAUACAAGGAAAACAACAGUGAGUCAGAAAGAAGCUCCAUCAUUAUCUACCUGGACAAGGUUUCCCACACACAGCCAGAGGAGGUCACUUUUAGGGUCCAUCAGAAGCUGAAAGUUGGCCUCUUACAACCAGCGGCUGUAUCAGUGUAUGAAUAUAACCAACAACAUGAAGCAUCCUGUGUGAAGUUCUACCAUCCAGAGAGGAAAGCUGGCCAUCUGCUGCGUCUUUGUAGGAAUGAUGAAUGCACAUGUGCUGAAGAGAACUGUAGCAUGCAGCUAAGGGGUCAAAUUAACAACAAUAAUCGUUCAGCCAAGGUUUGCGAAACGCAUCAGACCAGCAGAACAGAUUUUGCGUACAAAGUGAGACUGGAAGAGUUCACAGAUGGUUUGUCAACUGAUGUUUACACGGUGGAAGUGCUCAGUAUCAUCAAAGAGGGAAAUUCAGAUGUGGGUCCGCUGGGAAAACAACGUAUUUUCCUCAGUUACCGGCACUGCAGAGAAGCUUUAGAUCUUGGUGUAGGCAAAACUUACCUCAUCAUGGGCACUUCCAAAGAUAUCUACACAGACGCGAAGAGUCAGUCCUACCAGUACGUGCUUGGUGAAAGGACUUGGAUCGAGUACUGGCCCACAGAAAAGGAGUGUGCAACUGAAGAUCACAAACUUACCUGUGACGGUUUAGAUCAAAUGGUUGAGCAGCACAAGCUCUACGGAUGUCGAGAUUAG